UGUUUGCACCUUCAAGGUAAAGAGAGCGCGCUCCUAAAAACUCCAACCUAGAGACAGAUUAGUUAGAGAGAGAGAGAGAUAUCCCAAGGGAAAAAUACCGAUAGGGGAGAAAACAGAAAAAGGCCGACCCAGAUAGAGAGAGAGAGAGAAUUAUUAGGACCCCCAACAUCCCCUUUUAUUGUUUUCCUCCAUUGACCCAUGUUCAUUAGAAGCUCCAUUAACCAAGAUCUGGUUUUGAAUUUGGGUUUUGGGUUUUGGGUUCAGUAAAGGACCGUCGUUUGACUUUUGGGUCCAAUGAGGUUUCUCAGGAAGAUUGCUAAUUUUUUAGGUUUUGUGAGAGAUGAUCAUAGCAACCAGGUGAAUGAUGGUGAUGAUGGUGAAGUGGGUUUUGAUGGAAACGGUGAUGGGGUUAGUGGGACUACGAAGGGAUUCAGUGUUCAGGUACCAGUCAUGGUGGAGAGGGCUUAUCAAGGCCCGGUGAUGUCACAGUGUAGCCUUGGUGAAGGUGGAGUUCAGGGCUUUAAAUGGUAUGCAAAAAGGCUUCAAAUGGAUGAAGAUGGUGAUGUCGCCGAGGAAUUCUUUGAUGAGGUUCUGCCUGAACCAUCGGAAUCCAACACGCAAAAAGCAAAACCCACUUUUCGACUAAAGUAUGCAAUACGCCCUGCUAAGGUUGGUAGCCAAGCAAUUGCCAUUGAUGGAAAUAUUCAUCAAAGUGUAGAGUGUAAGGGGAGAUUGCAAUGGGUUUGAUGGACUUUCUUGGGUAUGUACUUCUUCGUUUGGUGGAACCAAGGCAAAUUGCAGCGGGUUUGAAAGUAGAGCGUUGAUUGUCUUGGUUGGUUUCUGGUUUUCGUCCCCUUGCUUGAUGGACAAAGUGCUAAUUCUUUCAAUUAAGUCAAGUGUAUUCCAGUA